CGCACGCCACGGGCGACCCGCGCGCGGUCACCCUCGCGACCGCAUCGAGGGCGAAGUCCACGGCGUCAUGGUCGCCGCCGCGCUGUCGCCCGCGAUGGAGCGCGCGCUCGAGGACCUCGCGUCCACGGAUCCCUCGGACCUGUCUUCGGUCAAAAAUCUUCGCGAGAUGCACGCGCGAUGCGCCGCCGCGGGCGUCUUCACCGCGGCCGGGCCAAACUUCGGGAGCGCGUCCGCGGCGUUCCACGCCGCGGCGUCCACGCACGACGGCGCCGCGGACGUCGCGAAGCUCCAUCUCCUGUUCGACGCCGCGGUCGCGCACGGGAUCCCUCACCUCGUGUGCCACUACGUCGACGAAGUGUGCGGGCGCGACGAGUUCACCUCCCCGGACGGCGUCGAGGCGUACCUGCAAGACGGCGAGAUGGUCGCGGAGUGGGCGACCGCGGCGCUGAAGAGCGCGGAGCAAGCGCUGGAGCGAGCGUCCAACCUGAGAGCGGGCGGCGCGGGGUCCGAUCUCGAGCGCGCGGCGAUCGUGUUCGAGGCGCUGCGCGACGUUUUCCGCGCGCUCGGCGCGUCCCCUCGCGGCGGCGGCGGCGGCGGCGGCGACGGCGGCGACGGCGACGGCGGGUUCCACGACCGUCUGCAGGGCGCGCACGAUCUCGCGGUGCGAUGCGCGCAGCGCGCGCGGGCGACGUCUUUCGUGUUGCGAGAGAAUCUGUCGUCUCUCCCCGCGGAUCGACACGGCGGCCCGGGCGCUUGGGCGGGAAGCGUGCAAGUCCGCCGCACGACCGCGGCGGCGGCGGCGGCGUCCUUGCGGCUGCCCCCCGCCGCGGACCCGUCGUGUUUAUUCCUGGACGACCUCCUCGACGGCGUCGGCGGGCACCCGCCGCCGUAUCCGUUUAAAUCCCCGGCGGACGCGUGCGCGCUCGUGUUCGGCUCCGGGUCCGCGUCGCCGCCGGCGCUCGUCGCGAAGCAGUCGCUGUUUCUGUACUACCUCCUCGACGCCGGGUUAGAACCGGACGGCGCGCCGGCGCGGUACGCCGCGAGCGCGAGGAUACACCCGCGAUUGUUCUCGCAGAUUAAAGCCGCGGCGCUGUUGGACGACUGGGGAAGCCCGGAGUCGUUGGAAGCCGCGUGCGCGUCGAUACCGCGCGCGGCGCACGCCGCGACGCCGCUGCGGUUCGUCGCCGCGCUCGCGGCGAGGGGACGCCCAGACGCCGCGCUCGCGGCGGCGCGCGCGAGGACGGGCGGCGGGGCGAGCGCGGAGGACGACGCCGCCGCGGAGGCGGAGCUCGGCGUCGCGAUACGGCUCGAGUGCGGGCUCGCCACGGAGGCGUUUCUCGUCGCCGCGGAGGCCAUCGCGGCGGCGUCGCACGCGCGGCGCGCCGCCGUCUCCGACGCGCUCGUCGGUCGGCUCGCCGCGCACGCGGCGUCGCGCGACGCGCUUCGAUCCGUGCUCGACCUCCCGUUCGAGUCGGACGCGGAGCGGUCGCUGCUCGCGUGGCUCGACGCGAACUGCGGGUACAACGCGCGCGGGGCGCCGCCGUCGCUGCCGGUUGAGUACUUUCUGACGCGCGGCCGCGCCGCGGAAGCCGCGGACGUCGUGUACAGGAAAGGCGGCGACGCGUUCAAGGCGUCGCUGCCGCCGAGCGUCGUGCGGGCGCUGGAAGACGCGGUGCGCGCGCUGCCGGAGCCGGCGAAGUCGCUGCACCUGCCGGGCGCGACCGAAGCCGAUCGCGCGUCGCGCGGCGGCGUGAAGGCGCUCGCGAGAGGGGUGGACGUCGCCCCCGCGACGCCGACGGAGUUGAGCGAGACUGUCGGCGGCGCCGCGCUGUCGAGAACGUUCACCCCGGCGGGCGGGCGCAUCGUGAAGCCAGCGGCGGGGGACGGCGGCGGACGCGUGCCGUUCUUCGCGCCGCCGCUCUCCGCGGCGGCGGUGCAUUACGGCGCGUUGCCCGCCGCCGCCGCGCUCGCGACGGACGCGCGCGCGGACGCGGAGGACGGCGCGGAGAGGAGGCUCGCGACGGGCGCGGGCGCGGGCGCGGCCGCGGGGGGGACGGACGAGUGGACGACACUUCGGUUCGAUGGCGGCGGCGCCGGCGGCGGCGCGGCGCGCGCGCGCGAGGACGAGGGCGAGGAGGAAGACGAGCCGGCGGACGACGCGGACGCGGACAUGAUGGACGCGGACUGGGACGAAGAGGAGGAGACGGAGACGGAGACGGAGGCGACGCGAGAGCGCGUCGGCGCGGUGCGCCUGUCCUCGGAGGAGCCGAACGCGGGGUUCACGCCGUUCGGCGGGAGGAAGACGCGCGGCGGCGGCGCGGCGGCGGCGGCGGCGGCGGCGGCGGCGGCGGCGGCGAGCGCGGGGGGGGGUGCGACGCCGCGGUGGACGAAACCCGCGCAGUUCGCGUCCGGGUCGCAGACGCGCGCGACGCGGAUCGGGCAGACGUUGGGUCACCGCGCGAAGAUUUCCGCGGCGGCGGCGGCGGCGACGCCCGUCGCGGAGGCGCCGUCCGCGCCGUCCGCGCCGUCCGCGGUCGAGAAGCCGCCGCCGCCCGCGGCGAAGCCGGCGGCGGCGAAGAAGCCGCCGGCGCCGACCGCGCCGGCGCGGUCGACGGGCCGCGCCGCGCGCCCGACCCGCCGCGGCUCCGCCGCGGGGUCGCUGAUGUUCCCCGAGAAGGCUACAGAGAAACCCGCCGCGGCGGAGGAGGUCCCGGAGCCGCCGAGGAUAUCCACGCGGCGGACGUCCCGGGCGGCGGCGCCGAGGCUGGCGGCGACGGCGACGCCCGCGGCGAAGAAGGCGCCGGCUGGUCGGUCGGCGAAGGAGACCCCGAAGGCGUCGACGCGCGCGAAAACGGUGUCGACGCCGGCGACGGAGGAGCCGCCUCGUCGGCAGACGCGCUCGUCCGCGAGGCUGGCGAGUAAACGAUGA